UCAAAUGUCCUGGCCGCGGUAGUGGGCCUGUGGAAGGGUCGGCGCGGCCGGGUUGUUGUCGCUGUCCUCGCGGGCGUGAGCUUCAGUGCCGUGCAGGGAGGCCCUCGGAAGCUGGGGCGGCUGGUGCCUGAGGAGGGGAUGGCGGUCUCGACCACAGUCUCCCAGAGGAAGCACAUAAAGCGGAAGGCCCCCCGCGGCUUUCUAAAGCGCGUCUUCAAGCGACAGAAGCCUCACCUUCGUCUAGAGACAAGUGGCGAUUUACUGAUGCAUCUGAACUGUUUACUGUUUGUUCAGCGAUUAGCAGAAGAGUCCAGGACAAAUGCUUGUGAGAAUAAAUGUGGAGUCAUUAAAAGGGAGCAUGUACUGGCUGCAGCAAAGAGGCAGAGAUUGCUUCUUACUGGUAUUUCUAUGUAAGGUAAUUCUAAAGAAGAGCAGAGGUUAGAAGUCGAAGAGCAGAGGUUAGAAGUCAAAGACCACAUUUUUGAAAAUUAUCUGAUGUAUUAUUUGGUGGUGACAGAUCGUGAAAGCAUUUUUUACAUAUCAGUUAAUAUUGUGUAUUAUUAAAAUAUUGGCUGGUUGAAA